AGAUCGGAUCGUGCGCUCCGGUAACCGUCACGGAAACGGACGGCUCUCCUGUAUGUUCUGAACACUUUCUGUCUGCGGUAAACACGGUCCUGCGGUAAACUCGAUGGAUAGCGGCGGGUGUCGGAUGAACGGCGGCGGCGGAGGACUAGACAUGAUCAGCCUGGAGGAUCUGGAGUCGGUGUCGGAGGAGCAGCUGGAGCUGGAGGAACCGGAACCGGAGAUGGAGGAGGAGGAUCUAGAUCAGGGCGGCAGACUCCUGCAGUACUGGAGGGACGCGGCCCGCGGACACCAGGUGGAGGUGCCGACAGACAUGGCACAACCCAUCCAGCAGAUCACCUCCAAUAAUGAUGGCGCACACACACGGGAACCAGUUCCCUACACACUCAUCACACGCAAGGAGAAGUGUGGCGAGGUGCUGUACGAGAAGCGGCACUAUGAGAAAGCACACUGGGCCUGCAUCACGGUUCACGAGGACACGUAUGAACAGAGCAUCUGCUACGGCUUCAUGAAGAUCAUGAGGUUCAUCUGCCAGCAGAACUCAGCAGGCAGUUAUCUGGGCAUGACGAUACCCAUCGUGACGGUGGUGCGCACAGAUGAGAGUAACACCACUCUGUCCCGCGCCGUCACUGUGGCCUAUUACCUGCCCACACCGUACCAGAACGACCCACCGCGACCGUACGACCCAGAUAUCCUCAUUGAACAGUGGCCCGCUGCGAUAGUCUACAGUCGGUCGUUCACGGGCGCCACUAACGAGCUGUCGAUCCUCCAUGAGCUGCGCAGUCUGGUCGAGGCUCUGGACUCUCCCGCUCUGGGGAGCGACUCCUUCAUCGUGGCCGGAUACACAAACCCUGCGGCCGCACACCGACACAACGAGAUCUGGUUCCUGGAGAGACCCUGAGCCCACCCCUUACCUCCAGCGGCGCUGCUGAUUGGCCGAGUCUGUCUCAUGUAUAUGCCUAACACGGAUUAUAAGCUAAACCCAAACACACACCAAAACUGGAGAAUCACUGACGAGCCACAACACUGAUGCUGAACGACAAUCAUGUGCGCGCCAUCAUCAUGAGCGCACACACACACACAGAGAUGCACAUAGAAAUACGUUUCUAGAAAUACAUAUUCAUGUAAUGAAUCCACAAAUCUAUAACACACACACACACACACACACACACACAUUUAUAUAUAUAUGAAUAUAUUCCGUCAUAGUGCUAUUUUUGUGAAAUAUUUUUGUAGCCAAAUGUGUCCUCCUGUGUACCUGCUGUAAGUGCAGAUGUGAAGCAGUGAAAUAAACCGCUGUUCUGUCCUCUCAGAGUGUGUGUGAACGCUGUCCUCAGACCAGUGUGUGUGUGUGUGUGUGUGUGUUUUCCAGCCUCAUGUACAGAGCGCUGUGAAUGUAAACGCCACUGUGACCAGGCUUCAUGUUUCUCUUCUGAUCUGAAUAAUAAACUCACUGAAAUGA